UUCCAGGUUUUAGUCUUACUCUCUUUAGAGUUAGUAUUAUUUGUGCGGAUAGUAACCGAGUACAAUAAAGCUCAAAGAUCGGUCACUCAGAUUGGAAUGGAGUGCUAAUUAAAGGAUGCAAUGAAAACACGUUCAGCUCUGGACCCGGCAAAACGAGCAGCAGCGUAUGCAGCCGGUAAACAGCAUGUAAAAAGUGGUUAUAGGAUAGGUGUUGGCAGUGGUACCACGGCCAAAUUUUUCGUUGAAUUUCUGGCUGAAAAAGUGAACGAUGGUACAGUGAAAGAUAUCAUCUGCGUGCCUUCUUCAUUCUCAACUCGCCAGUGGCUAAUCGAUUCUGGUUUGCAAGUAAUUGAUUUGGAAAAUACCCUUGAUUUGGAUUUGUGUAUUGAUGGGGCUGACGAAGUGGACAGUAAUCUGAACUGUAUAAAAGGUGGUGGUGGAUGCUUAACUCAAGAAAAAAUCGUGCAGGCAAGUGCCAAGAAAUUUUAUAUCAUCGCUGAUGCCAGUAAGCAAUCAGAAAAACUGGGCGAUAAGAAUUUUCCCAUUCCAAUCGAAGUCGUUCCAUUUGGAUAUGCGCCAGUUUUGAACUGGAUAAAACGCAAGGAAGGUGGUGAAGCUGAGUUGAGGAUGAAUGGUAAAGGAAAGUUGGAUCCUUUUAUUACAGACAACAACAAUUUCAUCUUGGAUUGGAAUUUUCCGAAAAAUAAAUAUGUGACAACGGAAGAUCUAGCAGCUUUGCACACUCGUCUGAUAUCAUUACCAGGUGUUGUCGAGACGGGUCUUUUUAUAGGUGUUGCCGAGAAGGCUUAUUUUGCUACUGCUGAUGGGAAUGUUACGGAAAGGCUGAGACCAAGUCCCUCUUUUCAUUUCUCCCCAAAUCAGAAAUCUUCAUCUCAUUAA